AUGGAAGAAGCGGAAGUCCUACAACCCUACGAGCUCAGCUACCCGGAUCUCGUACUUGUGUCGUCCAGCAAUGUAUCAUUGUCGUCGGCGGAAGAGCUUGACAAGUUGCAGUCAACGAGCAAAGCCAUAAUGGAAGCCCUAGGGCCCGUGGGCCCAGGCCUGCUAUCGAUCACCGGCGUCCCCAACGCUGCCGCUCUCCGUCGUGACCUCCUCCCUCUCGCUCGCAAGCUCGCCCUUCUGAACCCAAACCAUCGUAAAACUAUCCUCAAGGAUCACAAAUUGGGGAGCGAUGUGCCUUUGAAAAACCCUGAGAGAAAUGUGUCAUCUUUCGCAAUGCAAAUCAAAUAUUCACAUGAUUUUGAUGAAACCCAAUUGAAUUCAGAGCAUGGAUCAACGGUUGAGUUUGAGAAUCUUGGAAAUGGGUUUAGAGAGUUAGGGUUUGGCAUGAUGGAGCUUGGGCUCCAGCUUGCUCGAGUAUGUGACAGAGCCAUUGGUGGCAAUGAGCUUGAGCAGAGCUUAUUGGAAUCUUGCACUGCCAAAGCUCGCCUCAUUCACUACCAUUCCCCAAUUGAUAAAACCAUUCUUGUAAAAGAAGCUAUGAGCACAAAGAGAACAUCAAAAAGACCCUUAAAUUCUAGCUGGAAACAGAUUGGUGAUGAACAUAAACAACUUUCUGGGAUUGGUUCUGAUAAUCUGUGGCAGCAAUGGCAUUAUGAUUAUGGGAUUUUCACUGUCUUAACAGCUCCAAUGUUUCUAUUGCCUAAUUCUGCACAAGAAGCAACAGAGGAAAGAGAUGAAGAAUGCCCCUAUCCAAAUGGGCAUACUUAUUUGCAAAUAUUUGAUCCCAUCAAGAAUAAUGUGUUCAUGGUGAAGGCCUCACAUGAGAGUUUUAUAGUUCAGGUUGGGGAGUCAGCUGAUAUCAUAUCACGAGGAAAGCUUCGCGCCACCCUGCACUCUGUUGCUAGGCCUUCCAAGUUUGAAAAUUUGAGCAGAGAGACUUUUGUUUUGUUCUUGCAGCCUGCAUGGAACAAAACUUUCUCCAUAACAGAGUAUCCCAUGAACUUGGGGAUGUCGACAGAGGUCAAAGAAGUUGAUGAGCCGGAACAAAGUAGGCUCACUGAAGAAAUACAGAAGAUUGUACCACCUCUGGCAUUGCGGUUGAAGGAUGGGAUGACAUUUGCAGAUUUCUCACGCGAAACCACCAAGCAAUACUAUGGUGGCACUGGUUUGCAGUCUAAUAGAUAA